GCCAUAUGUGUGUGUUUUAUAUGUGACGUGUUGGUAAGUGCUGUAUAUUGAUGUGAGGGGGGUGUGUGCACUCUGCUGGCACUUGAGUGGUGGGUACGUCACUGUGGGUGUGGGCGCGGUGGUUACAAGUAAUUCCACGCACCUGUAGUCUGUUGGUUUGUUAACGAGGAAGGGUGAGUCGGGAGUGACACUUUCUGUUGACCGCUACGCGUAACACCACAUUAGUUUUGCCGUUGUGUACUUUGUCUUGUAUUAUAUGAAGCAUCUGUUCAAGUUGCGCAUCGUGAGAAAUAAAGAGCAUUAACGAGCAUUAGAAGUGGAUGUGUGUUUCUGUGAGUGCGCGUCACAGGUAAACUCCCGUGCUUAGCCUUCCGCGGCGUGUCGGUUUUGGUUUGGAUAAAUCGUCAGUCAGCCGCAACAUUAGUCAACAGAAACGUUAUCGAAGUGUUGAUACGUGGAAGAUGUUUCGUUUAUGGACUCCUGGAGCGCUCGCUGUUACGCGGGUGAGUAACAGUUCAUUCAUCGCUGGUCUCCUCUGAUUCAUUCACGCCCUGCCUACUACUACGUUUAUUCAUCAUCACCGCUGGAAUUAAGUGCCAGGAAACCUCGGGAACCGCCUGGAAGCUAAGCUAGACAAGCCCACGCUGGUCCACUGGAUGUGCUACAAGAAAACAAAUCAUUGGUUCCCCCUGUGGAUCGACCUCAACAUGUUCAUGCCUAUAGGUGUGGACUGCUGGAUUGAUAACAUUAGACUUGUUUACAACAGAACGUCUCGGCGAUCAUCCAACUCACCGGGAGUUCAGGUUCGGGUGCCAGGAUUUGGGCAGACAUAUCCCAUUGAAUUCCUUGACCCAAACAAACUAGCAGGUUAUUUUCACACGAUGGUGGAACAUUUGGUCCAGGUGGGCUACACCCGGAAUGAGACAAUACGAGGAGCACCAUACGACUGGAGGCUAGCUCCAAACGAGAACACAGAAUACUUCAUAAAGCUGCAGGGGCUGGUGGAAGAGAUGUUCGCACAGUAUGAGAAGCCUGUUUACCUGCUGGCUCACAGUAUGGGCUGCCACUAUGUCCUCUACUUCCUCAACCACAAGCCUCAGGCCUGGAAGGACAAGUACAUCAAGGGCUUCAUUUCCCUCGGAGCCCCAUGGGGGGGCGCUGUUAAACCACUUAGAGUCCUGGCAUCAGGGGAGAAUGAUGGCAUCCCAAUGAUUUCCAACAUCAAGAUACGGGAGGAGCAGAGGAUGACAACAACCAAUCCCUGGAUGCUGCCGUCGGAGGAGGUGUGGCCAAAGGACCACGUGUUCAUCUCCACACCCACCUUUAACUAUACUCACCAGGACUACCAGCGCCUGUUCACGGACAUCAACUACGAGGACGGCUGGCACAUGUGGGAGGACACCAGGAACCUCACCAGUGAUCUCCUCGCUCCGGGUGUGGAGGUGUGGUGUAUGUACGGCGUGGGAAUCCCAACUCCGGUCACAUAUAUUUACGACGCGGAUUUCCCCAACGUGGACCCCAUAGACUUUGUGUAUGCCGACGGGGAUGACACAGUGGACAGCUUCAGCAUGAGUCUCUGUAAGCGGUGGGCGGGGCAGCAGGAGAAGCCCAUACAUGUCACUGAGUACCGAGGGCUCGCCCAUCUGGAUAUAGUGUUCCAUGAAAAGGUGCUAAACCAGAUUCAGGACAUCCUGGAGGGCAAAUCAGACGUGCCCAAACAUGUUGACGUCAGGGCUGGAGCCGAUUAGGAGACGGUGAAACGUGGAGUAAGGGCAACAGUUCUAAACCAUUACCCUUCACCCCCCAGCCCUCAACUAUGACCCCUUAUCCAGGCUAACGGCCGACAGGAGGCCUACCUCUUUGUCCCUUAUCUGAUCCUUUCUUCUGUUUAUUUUGUUGUGUUUCCCUUUUAUUUGAUCAUGAUGACAUUUGUUGUCUUUGCACACGAAACAACCACAAUGAGUAAGGCUGAAGAGGAGGUCGCUUUAGGAUGACUCAUCAGUGGUAGCCGUCUGUUUAGUUUAAUCACAGUUCAAAUGAUGUUACAUCUCAAACAACAAUAAAUACAAUCUGUGUGUAUCUGUGAUCGUCAGUUGAGUAAGAAGUUAUAUUUCUGAAUGACACACAUACAGGUCAUAGCCUUUCCCAAACUAUGGAGUACAGCGGCCUAGUUCAAAUACUCUGGAGUCCACUCAAACCUGAGGGAGGGGUCAUUCAGUUUUACAUGUGUAGGGCCUCUAUUAUCUGACCACUGAUAAUCAUAAUAAUCCCUCACCUUAUCUAAGUGGUUGUUCACUAGCUCACUAGCUCACAGGGCUGCCCUUCAGUUGCCUUUGAAACACACACAUGCACACACACCUUUGCUCUGUCAGUGCACACACACACAGACACUCUGUUUAUGUUUCUCUGCUCUGUAUGUAUUAACCCUGUUGGCUUCAUCAGCUGUAUGUUUUAUAAAGUUGUCCCAAAUGCUCA